UUCUCUUUUCAUGGAAUGAGUAUUUUCAGCUGUUGAAGUUGAGAUACAGAAAUCUGUUGGCUGGAGUAUUGACAUGGAGAACAACCCUAGUUCAUCCAGAGUUGACAGAAAAUUCAUUGAGAGGAAUAGAAGAAAUCAAAUGAAAGCUCUCUUUCGCAAACUAAACUCACUUGUGCCUCAUCAAAGAUCAAAGGAGGCCAUUCCACUGCCGGAUCAGCUAGAAGAAGCCACAAACUACAUAAAGAAACUACAGAUUAAUCUGGAGAAAAUGAAGGACAAGAAGAACAUGCUACUAGGAAAUGAAAGGCCAAAUGAGAGAAUGAAUAAUGAUGGAAGGAGGGUGGGAUUAAAAUCUCCACGGAUUGAAAUCCAACAAAUGGGUUCAGCCUUAGAGGUUGUUCUAAUAACUGGGUUGGAUUCUCAGUUCAUGUUCGGUGAAACCAUUCGUGUUCUUCAUGAAGAAGGAGUAGAUGUUGUUAACGCUAGUUAUAAAGUUAUUGAAGAUGCAGUUUUCCAUUCAAUACACUGUCAGGACAAGGAAGAAACUGCCAACGGAGCUGCGAGGAUAUCUGAGAGGUUGAAGAACUUCAUCCAUGAUUCUAGCUACAAUGCUUUUUAAAUGGGAGUCAUUAUUAUUAUUAUAUACUCAAUUUUUCUUCCAUUUCAUUUUACAUAAGUUUUCUUUCUACUUUAUUUUUCUUAUAUCAUUUCUUUUAUGUAUCACUUUCUUCUUCUUUUUCUCUGUUUUUCUUUUACUUCCAUCUGUUCCCCCCAUAUAUGGAAUGUACACGUAGCCUUAACUUUUUCCUAGUGUAAGACGCGUAAAUUGGGAAUGUUUGCUGUAACCAUUUUGGUGGAAAUCUAAUUAAAUACGGAUAAUUCUAGAGGA